UGAGCUGGAAUGAUCGCUGUGCUGAAUAAGAAGUACAAUAAUGUCCCUGAUGGCACAAAUCAGUAGGAUGGAGCAGGGGCGGACUGACAACUCAUGGGGCCCCCGGGCAAUAGGGGAUCAUGGGGCCCCUGUGUCCUUGCCCACACUCAAAAAAAGCCUAUAAAAAAGGUACCAGGGGCAUUUCAUGGGGCCCCCUACUGACCCCGGGCCCUCGGGCAGUGCCUGAGUGCUUGAAUGGUCAGUCCGCCCCUGGG